CAUAAAUAUAAGCUUUCCCCAGAAAUCUAGGCAGCUUGUCGUCAGCCUCGAUUCCACUUGAUGCACUCCCCUAUGGCGGGACCCCGCUACUACCUUCGACGCAUGAAAUCCCUCGCUUCCUCUCCUGCCUUCAAGCUCCUCGUAACAGGUCUAUGUCUAUUCAUCGGUUUCCGGUGGGUGCUACGCCAUAAUCAUGAUGGCGACGUGGACGUGAUUAGUAUCGAGGUUGAUGACGAGGAGAUCGAUUGGACAGGGUUUUACUAUGCGAUGUUUGUGAGGAGUGAGAGGGAGCUUUGUGAGGCUGUUAUGGGGUGGAGUGGGAUGGAGGAGAUUGGGAGUCGGGCGCAGGUUAGUGCGUCAUUGAUUGAGAGGAAAGGAGGGACAGAGGGAGAUAGAAUGGCGCUAAUGUUUUGUAGAGGGUUAUGUUUUAUCCUGAGGAUUGGGGGCUGGAGCAGGGCGAGAAGGGCAAGAGGAAGGAAGAGAGGAUCGAGCGACUUCUGAAUGCAGCAGAGGAACUAUACGUCGACCUGUCUCCUCUCCCCGCUCUAAGUCGAAUCACGAUGUGGACGAGAGGACCAGAAAAGGGAACAGAAGGUCUAGAUCCCAGGUUGAUAGCCUUCAAUCUCACAGAGUACUCGCGCGUCCUAGUUCUCUCGCCCGGUGCCUUGCUCCUCCAGAAUCUGGACGAGUUGUUCUUGUUCCCUGACGCGCCGAUCGCGAUGCCGUGGGUGUACCACGAGCACGGCAAAGAGGAAUGGGAUUACGAUACGAGGACGAUGUUGAUACGACCUUCAACAAAGGACUUCCAAUCCUUACUCAAAUCAUACUCUUCCUCCAUCGCUCCCCCAACUCCACGCCCAGUACCAGCCCUCAAACUUCUCCAUCGUAAGUUCGGCAGCAAAAUCCUCAGGAUCCCGCAGCGGCCCUAUCACCUCACCACCAAUGAGUUCCGGCGUGAUGACCAUACACCCUACCUAGCCCACAAUUCUCUCUCCACGCCAAACGAGGAAUGGGAUCCAGAUGACGCUCUUGACGAAGCGAAGAUAGUCCAUUAUCACGAUCCUGGAUUCCCGAGGCCGUGGUUCAAGGCUGAGAGGGGACUGAUGAAUCGGUAUAUGCCUGCGUGUAGGGUGCUAGACGGGUUUGGAGCGAGUGAUUGUAGGGAUCGACAUACUUGGCUGGACCUCUAUCGGGGGUUUGGCGUUGGGAAGACGGUUGUUUGUGGAGCGGAUUUUGAGAGGGAGGUUGAGGUGGAUAGUGGAAAGGGAGAGAGGAGUGAUGAUGGGUUUGGGGAUUAGAGGUUUGAGGACUGGGUUACUGUUUACCUUCCGGAGU